AUGGACGAUCUUCUUGCCGGAAUUUUUACUAUCAGAGGGCGUCUUUUUCACUGGUUCUUCGUCCUAUCACUGUUAGUGUUUUAUUCAUCUGCUCAAGGAGAUCGAGCUGAGAUCGUCUCUCAUCCUCAAGUGAAUGUCACAAAAGAAGAGGGAAGUAAUUUGACUUUGUUUUGUAAUGCCACUGGAAACCCAGCACCGAUAAUAUUAUGGACCAAAGAUGGAUCUCCCACAAACAACAAUUCCAGAAUCAGGUUUUCAAAACAUAACAGGCUGUUGACCAUAUCAAAUGUGAACAGAACAGACAGCGGCCACUACCGUUGUGUAGCGAACAACAGCUUGGGAAAUGAUACCUCAAACGUUUCUACUGUUAACAUUCAAUAUAAACCUGAGAUUACUUCUAAUCCUAAAGGUGUGGAAAUAAAAGAAGGAGGAAACGUGACCUUUUCUUGUAAUUAUACUGCAAAUCCAUUACCGACAACAUCAUGGACUAAAGAUGAAUCGCCUAUAACUAACGAUUCGAGGAUCAGUUAUUCAGUUGUCAAUAAAGUUUUGACGAUAAUGAAUGUGAACAGAAAUGACAGUGGAAAAUACAGAUGUGUGGCGAACAACAAACUUGGAAACGACACAUCAGAAGCUGCUGAAUUAAAUGUGAAAUAUCGCCCUGAGAUAACAAAACAUCCGCAGAAUGUUACGGUAACAGAAAGAAAUAAUGUGACCUUAACUUGUAAUGCUACCGGAAAUCCAGAGCCACAGUUUUCAUGGUUUAAAGUUGAAAAUACUGUGAAAAGCAACAACAGGAUUAAUAUGUCAGCAAAUACGUCGCACCUGACGAUAACAGAUGUGAACAGACAUGACAGCGGAGGAUACCUGUGUGUCGCCCAUAAUGAAGUUGGAAACGAUACCUCGAUAAUUGUCAUAUUAGAUGUGCAAUAUAAACCUGAGAUCGCGACGCAUCCUCACAAUAUCAGAACAAGAGAAGGUCAAAACGUGACUAUAUAUUGUAACGCUACUGGAAAUCCAGUUCCAACAAUAUCAUGGUACAAGAAUGAAUAUCCUAUAAGUAACGGCUUCAGGAUCAUUUUGUCUCCAGGCUAUGAACAGUUGACAAUAAGGAAUGUGAACAGAAUAGACAGUGGCAAUUACACAUGUCGAGGGAACAACUCAGUUGGAGCGGAUACUUCGAACGCUUCCACGAUUAAUGUUCAGUUUCGAGCUGAAAUUGUCUCUCAUCCUCAAGCGAAUGUCACAAAAGAAGAGGGAAGUAAUUUGACUUUAUUUUGUAAUGCCACUGGAAACCCAACACCGAUAAUAUUAUGGACCAAAGAUGGAUCUCCCAUAAACAACAAUUCCAGGAUCAGGUUUUCAAUACAUAACAGGCUGUUGACCAUAUCAAAUGUGAACAGAACAGACAGCGGCCACUACCGAUGUGUAGCGAACAACAGCUUGGGAAAUGAUACCUCAAACGUUGCUACUGUUGACAUCCAAUAUAAACCUGAGAUUACUAUUCGUCCUAAAAGCAGGGAUAUAGAAGAAGGAGGAAACGUGACAUUUUCUUGUAAUUCUACUGCAAAUCCACUACCGACAACUUCAUGGACUAAAGAUGAGUCGCCUAUAACUAGCAAUUCGAGGAUCAGUUAUUCAGUUGUCAAUAAAGUUUUGACGAUAACGAAUGUGAACAGAAAUGACAGUGGAGAAUACAGAUGUGUGGCGAGCAACAAACUUGGAAACGAUACAUCAAAAGCUGCUAAAUUAAAUGUGAAAUAUGAACCGGAAAUUAUCACUGAUCCCUCUGAUGACACGGUGAAGGAAGGACAAAACACCACCUUUUAUUGUAACGCGACUGGAAAUCCAUUACCAGCAAUAUCAUGGAAAAAAGAUGGACAUUCUAUUGGCAAUAAUUCCAGGAUCAGUUAUUCAGCAGAGAGCAACGAGUUGAGGAUAAUAAAUGUGUACAGAACAGACAGAGGAAAAUACCAUUGUGUGGCUAACAAUAGCAUUGGUAAUGCCAGCUCAGACGCUGCUACAUUAGUUGUAGAAUAUAAAAGUGAGAUUACCACUCAUCCUAGUAAUGUGACAGAAACAGAGGGAGAAAGCGUUACGUUACACUGUAAUGCUACUGGAUAUCCGUUCCCUACUCUAUCAUGGACCAAAGAUGGAUCUGACAUUGGCAACAAUUCCAGGAUCAGCUUUUCAGCAGACAAAAAGCAGUUGGCAAUUACCAAAGCGAGCCGAGUAGACAGCGGAGCAUACCGAUGUGUGGCGAACAACAGCCUCGGAAAUGAUACGUCUAUGGCUGCUGUUGUAGAUGUCCAGUUUGCACCUGAAAUCUCCAUACAUCCGAGGAAUGUCACAAUAGUAAGAGGAGAUAAUGUGACUUUUAGUUGUUCAGUCGUGGGGAACCCAACUCCCAGUGUUGUAUGGGAAAAGGACAGAAAAGACCUAAAUGUAACAGGAAAUAGUCGAUUAAACUUGUCCUCAAGGAACAAUAGUCACAGUUUAGAAAUUGCAGAAGUUCACCGCUCAGACUCAGGGAAAUACAGAUGUGUAGCUGAAAACAGCAAGAAUAUAUCAUAUUCAUCUGCAGCUACCCUCACAGUGCAGUAUGUACCAGACCCACCAGAGGAUGUCAAAGUGAUCUCGAGAGCUUCACGGGAAGUAAAUGUCUCCUGGACGGCUGGUUCUAAUGGAAACAGUGCCAUUCAGAACUACACAGUGGAAAUCAGUGAAGAUAAGCAGACUUUCAGAGAUGCCAUAUGUCAAGGAACACUCUUAAAGAAUAAUUGUGUUAUUUACUCCACAAGAGUUUCUAUCAAAGAGCUGCUUCCUUGGACAACAUAUUACCUCAGGGUGUUUGCCAGGAACAUGAUUGGUUCUGGUAACUACAGCUCUGUAGUAAAUGUUACCACCGAAGAAGAAGUACCAAGUUCCGCCCCACCUUUUAACGUGACUGUCCUCAAUUCUACUGCUGUUAACGUUUCUUGGCAGAUGCUCACUAAGGAAGACGCUAGAGGUGAUAUUCUGGGCUAUUACAUCCUGUACAAGAGAAAAAGCGAGCCAGAGGUAUCAUGGAAGAACAGAACUGUGAACGGAGCCGAUAUCACGUUUUUAGUCUUAGCAUUUCUAGAUGAGUACACACCAUACCAGUUCGCCAUACAGGCCUUCAACAGCAAGGGUGUCAGUGGUCAUAGUAAAAUUGAGGAGAGAAAGACAGAUGAAGAUGCACCUUCCGAAGCACCGAAAUGGAUCCCUGCAGUAACAAAGAACAGUACUAGUAUUGAAUUGGCAUGGGAACCUGUUCCUGAGCGUGAUUUGAAUGGCAAUCUCACUGAGUAUAUCAUAAUAAGUUAUAGGGAUGGCAAGAAAAUAAUACGAAGGCACGUGGAAAGAUAUAGACAAAAAGUGGUUAUAAAUGGGCUCAGAGCAUCGACUACUUACUCCUUUCACAUUUCGGCUGCAACUGCCAAAGGUGAAGGUCCACAGAGUAAACCCACGGAAGCUACAACGGAUGACCCUCCCACCCCUCCGGAUCCUGACGACAUAGGGACAAAUGAAGUUUCUGUUGCCUUUAAACCCUGGCAAAUUUUGAGUAAUGGAGAUAAAGUCAGUUACUACCAAAUCAUCGUCGUACCACUAAAAGAAAGGAAAGAUCCUGGAAAACCAUCAGAUAAGGAGUAUGUUAAUGUCAUCAAAAGGUAUGAAGAUAAAUCGGAGGGUGAACCCUACAUUACGGCUGAAUUUUCUAACAAUAACGAACAGAGGAAAACCUUUCCUGUUGGAGAUGGGAAGUACUAUUCAAGAGAAAGUCAUGUUGAGGCAAGAAGAAAGCGCAGAGAAGUUUAUACAAAGUAUUUUAAUGGUAAGCUUGAUGACGACACGGAGUACGCUGUUUUUCAACGUUCCCUUAGCGAAAAUGGUUAUUAUCAAGAUGAGGGAUUUUCUCAGUUUACGACCAAAACCCUUCCAAGAGAAGAAGAGCCAACACCUGGAAAGAAGAACAAACACCUGAUUGUUGUUGGAGUAUUUAUAGGAUUGUUCAUAGUGUGUGUAGUUGUUGUCGGCGGAAUCGUGAUUGUCUGGUUACGCGGUCGACGGCAGAAUAAUGCGAAUGACGACGGCGAAGAGAUAUCUUUGGAAGAACAAGGAUACGAAAACUUCGAUCCAGAAGGGGAAAUAGCUGUCGAGGAGUUUGAAGACCACGUGAAACGCCUUCAAGAGGAUGAUUUAUUUUCUGUUGAGUAUGGUGCUAUACGCUCUCAAGGAAAUGUUACUUCCAAAGCCACUUUGGCCGAGGAGAACAAACACAAGAACCGUUACAACAAUAUCGUUGCGUACGACCACAGCCGAGUAAAAUUGACUCCAAUCGAGGGUGUGCGGGGCUCUGACUACAUUAACGCCAACUUCCUUGACGGUUAUCAGAAGGAUAAGGCAUAUAUCGCCACCCAAGGACCACUUGAACACACUUCAGAUGACUUCUGGAGAAUGGUCUGGGAGCAAGGGACAAAAACAAUCGUCAUGGUGACAAACUUGGAGGAGAAGGGUCGCCUGAAGUGUCACCAGUAUUGGCCAUCAGAAGGUGCAGAAUCGUAUGGUGACAUUCGAGUAACCUUGAUGCAGACGGUGCAGCUCACUGAAUUCACCAUCCGUACCAUGACUCUAAAGCACGCCAAUAACUCAGAACAACGAACUGUAAAUCAGUAUCAUUACACGGUAUGGCCUGACCAUGGUGUUCCCGAGUGUCCUUCCUCACUUCUCACGUUUGUGAGAAAGGCUUCUAGAGCAAAUCCUCCAGACGCAGGGCCUAUGGUUGUUCACUGCAGUGCCGGGGUGGGCAGAACUGGUACAUUUAUUGUGGUAGACGCAAUGCUGCGCCGCAUUGCUGCAGAGAAAACAGUGGAUGUCUAUGAAUAUGUCACCUCAUUGCGACAAGAUAGAAACUUUAUGGUGCAAGUUGAAGAGCAGUACAUUUUGAUUCAUGACGUCCUGGUGGAAGCCAUUCAUUCCGGAUUCACUGAAAUACACGCGAAUGAUCUUAGAUCUCACAUCAAGAACCUCAUGCAAGUGAAUCAAACGAGCGGCCAAAGUGAGAUGGAUGAGGAGUUCAUCCGGCUAGGUCGCUGCAUCAACGCUUCCCAGCUCACAGCUCAGGCUGCCAACAUGGCCUGCAACGUGACCAAGAAUCGUUAUCCAAAUGCGUUACCGUAUGAUGAAACCCGGGUUAAACUGAGUGUAAUCUCAGGCGUGGAAGGCUCUGAUUACAUCAAUGCUAACUUCAUUGAUGGCUACAUGACCAGGAGAGCAUUCAUUGCAACUCAGGCACCCAUACCUGAUACUAUACCAGACUUUUGGCGCAUGAUCUGGGAACAAGAAUCUUCCACCAUAGUCGUGUUAUCAAAAGAAACAGAAGGUGAAAAGGUUAAAGUACACCAAUACUGGCCUGCAGAGAAGCCCGCGCACAUUGGCACUUUGGUAGUGGAAAAAACAAGCGAGACGGCCUAUGAAGACUACACAAUGAGAGAAAUGAAACUCACCCAUACCAAGGAAAGUGCAUCGCGAGUUGUUCGUCAGUAUCAUUACACUGGAUGGCCUGAUUCAGGAUCUCCAGAAUCAGGUACUGGCUUGAUCGAUCUUAUUGGGCAGGUACAACGGUGGCAGCAGCAGUCAGAAAAUACCAAGAUCACUGUGCACUGCAGCGCUGGAGUGGGUCGCACAGGAGUGUUCUGCGCCCUCAGUAUUUUAAUCGGACAGUUAAAAAGUGAAGGUGUGGUAGACGUUUUCCAGACUGUGAAGCAGCUGAGAGUUGAGAGACCUGCCAUGGUCCAGACAAAGGAUCAAUAUGAGUUUAUUUACUCUGCUCUCAGUGAGUAUUUAGACUCAUUCGAUGCCUACAGUAAUUUCUGAGUGCCUGCACCCGUUCAAGAAUGAAGGACAGUUAUAAAUUCAGCAAGAAUUAAUUUCUUUCGUGCUCUAACUAGAGAUGAAAUAAUCAACAUUAAGUCGUAAAAAGCGCGGCGAUUUUCUUUAAAGUGCCGUUAACUCAGUCAGAUAUGUAAACCCAGUUGCUAAGGAUAGAUAGAUGAUGUGGAUAAGCGCUUAGCGCUUAAAUUAGGUUGUGAUCAUGACCGACGACAGUCUUAGAAAAAAAAAUUGGGAUUCGCUAAUGUAAAGCAAAUUUAAACCACAGGGAAAAAAAAACAAGAUCUAAAAGUAUAAUUUGCGAAUGGAUUCAUCGAUCAAAUUAUAUUGAAAGUUUUAUUUGACGUUUUAUUUCAUUUUUUCGUGUUUCUAGGCUGAGUUAAUUGAAACAUAUGGUGACAACUUUCUGUCAGGAAGAAAAAAAAAAUUAAUCUUAAGGGUAACCGAAUCCUAAACACACAAGUUCACAGAAACCAUGGUUCAGUCAUUUUUCAAAGGAAUCAGCCAAAAACCUUGUUAACCUCGCUCCAGAUUUUGCAGCCUUUUUGUGAAAGUGGAAUUGUUUGACUAUGUCUCCUACUGGCGGGAUUUCCUGAGACUAGCUUGUGUUCUGUGGAUGAAAAUAGUUAAGUUUUCUAUCUUGUAGAAAAAAUAAUCAGUAUAAACUGAACCAUUCGCUGGAGUCAAGCAGAAAUAAUUUCAGCGGAUGACAGUCCAAUCUCUAUACAAUUGAAGCUUUAGCUGUAUUCUAACAAUAAAAGAUAAUUUUGUUC